AUGUCGAUUAAAAAAGCGCGAUAUGUUGGUAUACAAGCUACACAAUUCAACACGUACGUGACACUUAAGCUGCAAAAUGUUAAGUCUACGACGGUGACAGUAAAGGGUCCGACGCCAUGUUGGGAACAAGACUUUCUAUUUGAGAUCAAUGACAUCAACCUGGGUUUGCUCGUGGAGGUGUGGAACAAGGGCGUCAUAUGGGACCGGGCGCUCGGGUACCACUACCUACCACUCACAUCGGUGGCUUAUAAUGAGGAAUGCGGUGGUCGUUGGAUUGAGCUGGAGGCACAGCUGAUGAUGCGGGGCGGCGCGGUAGUGGGCACCACAGGGCCCACGGGCCACGCCCUCCUGCUGGACUGUAGAUUUGAACUGCCAUUUGACGCGGAAGGCACGGCCGGGGCUGACCUCCAGAGAAAAUUGGAUAUGCUGAACGGUGCCCUCGACGCCGAGCGGGCGGAGCAAGCGCGCAGGCAGUUGCAAUACGUCGCUCAUUCGGGCUAUUCGGAAGACUCCGACUAUACGUCGGACCUCAACUACCCGGUGGGCCAACAUGCCAACUGCAGCGCUUCUCAGUUCAGGAGUGCAGCGCAUCAGAUACAUACGCCACAGAUACAGUACUUAGUGCUGAAUCUCUGA